AUGGAAAAGCAUCAUGCAGGAAAAUAUCGCUGUUACUCUUACAACUCUGCAGGUUGGUCAGAACGCAGUGACAUGCUGGAGCUGGUUGUGACAGGAGGGUAUGUGACUCUUCAGUGUGUCUCUCAACAGGCAUAUAACAGCUUCAUUCUAGUGAAGGAUAAUGAGAAGUUCUCCCAGCCUGUGCCCUCACAUGAUAUAUACGCUAAGCUAUCAGGAGCUUGUUUCACAGUGGGUCCUGUGACCCACAACCAGAGGUGGAGAUUUACAUGCUAUGGCUUUUACUGGAGUAGUUCCCAGCUGUGGUCAGUUCCUAGUAAUGACCUAGAGCUCCUGGUCUCAGGGCGAUACAACUAUUACUCAUACAACUUUGCUGGCUGGACAGAGCACAGUGAUACCCUGGAGCUGGUGGUGACAGGACUGUCAAAUAAUCCCUUCCUACUGAUCCUUAAAGGCCCUGUACUGGCCCCUGGAGAGAACCCGAUCCUCAAGUGUUCCUCUGAGAUAAGUUAUGACAGAUUUGCUCUGUUUAAGAACAGGGAAAGUGACCUUAACCAGGUCUCUGUCCAUCAGUCUCAGGAUGGACAUUUUCACCCCAAUUUCACCUUAGGCUCUGUGAAUUCCUCUAAUGUUGGUCAGUAUAGAUGCCUUGGUGCACACAGUUACUCCUCUAAGUGGUCAGCCUCCAGUGAUGAUCCUCUGGACAUCCUGAUCACAGUUAUACCAAAUCUCUCUGUGCAUCCAGGCACUACUGUUUCCUUAGAAGAGAAUUUGACCCUGCAGUGUCAAUCAUCAAUCCCCGUGGAUAGUUUCCUUCUGUUCAAGGAAGUUGCAGCCCAUCCCUAUUUUUAUCAAAAAUCACAGUUUCAAAAUCAGUCAGAAUUCUCCAUGAGUGCUGUGUCCUCAGCUCUUAGGGGUUCCUAUGUAUGCUUUGGUUCCCAAAGCUCCUCCCCUCACCUGUUGUCACACCCCAGUGUCCCUGUGGAGAUCGUAGUUUCAGGUGAGAUAACCCAGACCUCUUUGAGCUCAAUUAAGACAGGAUAA